AUGGAAAUGAAUAUGAACAAGCAUAUUGAGAGUAAUCCCAAAGUCAAUGCGCCAAAUAUAAUCAUCGACGUCCAAGUUCAGCAUGAAUCUAAUUGCACGACCAACAAUAAAGCGCCACUUCCACUUUCUGAUAUUUCGGGAAAUAGCGCCAGAGAUGAAGCCAACAUAAUAACUGGCAUCAAUAACCUUGUGAUGAAAGACACCUUGAAACCAUCUUCGGGGAAUGAUACUGUUAAUGACGAGAUCGAUGACAAGAACGAUCGCCUUAAUAACUCGCCAUUUGUCAAGGUCGACGAUGUGGCUAGAAGCGACGCCGGAUAUGUUAUUAUUAACGAGGCUAGUCAUCUGUAUGAACCGGAAUUCCAAUUUAGCAACGAGUCCUUUUGUUUCAUUGGCGACAGUCAGGAAAGAAUACAUUUGACGGCACAGAAAACCAAUACUUGGUUGCAACUUAAUGCAUCUGGUUGUCGAGAUGUUUCCAAUCUAACGGAAGCUUACUUAGAUGACGAAUUCUUAAUUUUCAAUAUGACUCGUUUUAUUACUUGCAAGCGCCUAAGAAAAAAGUUUAUACCUCCCACAAAACUUCAGAGUAUCAUAACCGACAUGGUUAGACUUUUUGAUACAGGAGCCAAUGAAUCGGAAACUUCAUUAUAUCUUGAUCCUCCGACAAAAAAUAUUAAAGUUAUGAUUUUAGAUGAAGAGAAUUCCUAUUUUAAUUUUAAUGUUCCUGUGGGAUUAACCUUGAGGUUCAAAGACUUUAUGGAGGACAAGAUCUUAUUCGAAAUAGUCUGUAACGAGGCCAGUAACAUGCUCUUUCAACAAAUUAAGGAAGAGGUGGUCAGCAAAACCUUAAAAAAAAUUGCAGACGCUUAUUUUUGGGACGAUGACUUUUUAGAUACUCCCUUUUUCGAAUUUACCAAUAAUAUCUUUUCCGAUAGCAAGAACGUAAUUAAAGGCAUGAUUUUGGAUAUGUUGGUUAGAGAGCAAGUUGAGGAAUUAGAAAGAAAUACUCAUAGUUUCUUGAGUACUUUUUUUACGGAUGGAACGAUUUAUUUGCAAGAGCAAAAGAAUUCAACUGCCUUCGAAAUUAUUUCAAAGCGUUCGAUUGAAGAUAACAAGAAUUUGAUUAUCAAGACCAUGCUCAAUAGCAAACGAGAAAGAGUUUGGGUUUUGGAUUUCGCCGAGUGA